AUGAAUUGCUUUAAAGAGUCUUUAAAUCUUUAAAAAAAAAAUUAUUUAUAGAUAAAUGAUCAGAUUAUUUAAUUUAGCUAAUAAGAAUAAAAUGUUAAUAAUGAUAUUUUAAAAUAAAAAUAAAUUAUUGAUUUAAAAAAUGAAAAAAAUAUAAUUGAAAUUUAAUAAAAUAAUUUAUCAGUUAAUUUUUAAAGUGAUGAAGAAUAAGAGGAAGAAAAUAAAAAUGAUAAAUAAAACAUUGAAGAAUAAGAAAAUGAAUUGAAUAUUAAUAAAAAGAGAAAAUUUGAUGAAUUUAAUGAUGAAGAAAUAUCAUAAACAUAGGAAUUAGAUUCAUACACUGAAAUUUUGGUGGAUGUUCCAGCUAAAAAACAAAGUUCUAGCAAUAGGAAUAAAUUUGAAGGUCCAUUCGAAAUGAAAGGCUUUGAGUGGUUUGAAAAAAAUGGCUUAAAAUAUCUUAAAAUUAUAAAAAAUGAAAUUUAAGAUAUAAAUUUAAAUUGUUUUAAAUCAAAAGUAUCUCAAAAAAGUGAUAUGGGAAAAUAGAUUCAUAAAUUGAUUAAAAAAUAUAUAGACACAGAAAACGAAUGUGUUUUUGAUGAAUUUUUUAAUUAAGAAGAGAAGAUUUAUAUUAAAUAUUAAAUUGAUCAAACAAUUAAAUACUUAAAAUUAAGAGGUAUGGAUACAUUUUAUACUGAAAAACUUUUAAAGAGUGAAUAAUCUUAAUGA